CGAAACGUAAUAAAAAAAGUUGUUUUGUGAACUUUUUUGACAUGUAGGAAAUCGUGAGAAAAUCGUAUUUUAAUCAAAGUAGUGACUGUUACUUGAUGAAUUUAACUUUAUUUUAUUAGUUAUGUGUUAAUUUAAGUUUGUAACAAUAUGGCGUUUCUGUGUCCAGUUAGAAUUAGAAGGGGGAAGAAGAAGAAAUCUAGCAGCGGAGACUCAGACAAAGACCUAUCUCGUCCUGGCUCAGGGCUCAGCCCUGGUAUGGGCCGUAUCACGGGAUCAGCCAGUAUAGAGACCCUCGUCAGGGUCGGUAUUGAGAAGGAACAUGGACUCAGUCCAGAUUCCAAGAUGGUGGUGCUACAUGACUUUGCGCCGUGUGUUGAUGAUGAGUUGGAGGUGAAACGCGGUCAGAUAGUAAACGUGCUAUACCGUGAGAACGACUGGGUGUACGUCAUAGUGGCCGAGUCUAGACGAGAAGGGUUCAUACCACAUUCCUACUGUGCACCCUGUGAACAUCAUGAUCUGAAGAAGAAGCUGCCCAGGAGUCGGUCACCGGCUGAUAUGGCUCAUCGAGAUGUUAGCCACCUGUCAGUAUCGGACGGCGUCCCGACGGACGGGCAGUCGGAGCUGGGGUCGGAGGGCGAGGCGCUGCCCUUCAGCAAGGACGAGUCGGGACGCUACGUCGUGCUCUACACCUUCUCUGCGAGGGACGAGAACGACGUGGAUGUCGAGCGGGGAGAGUUCGUCACCGUGCUAAACCGAGAGGACCCGGACUGGUACUGGAUAGUUCGCAGCGAUGGACAGGAGGGAUUCAUACCUUCUGGCUUCGUGUACCCUGCUGUUGUACAAGCAACCCAACAAGACACUCCGCAGCCGAUCCACUCGCCCCCCGCUACGAACAACUCGAUGCUGAACGGCAAGCUCAACGCGCAGACCGACAGCGACGGACGCUACCACGGGACCGAACUAGUCAUGCUCUAUGAUUAUAAGGCGCAGGCCCCGGACGACUUGUCGGUGAAGCGCGGCGAGUGGGUGUACGCCGACCUCACGCAGCAGACCGUGGAGGGCUGGCUGUGGGCGCACGCCCCCAAGUGCCGCCGCUCCGGGUUCAUACCCACCGCGUAUGCCCGGGCGCCGCAUACCACUGAGCUGUGAGGAUAGCUGCUAAAACAUAUGACUCGACCCACAAAA